ACGCAUCACAAAACAAGUUGAUAUAACCAUAGACAUUAUAUAGCAAUCUUAUACCAGUAAUGGCUCUUAAUCAUCUCCCUGCAGCUUCACUAUCUAUACGCAUAUUAUCUGGCCUAAACCAACCAAGAAAUUACAUUUCCUUAAUGUCAUCACGCAAAAGCUUCGUUUCUCGUCCAAUCAAAUGUAGGAUUGCAGAGGAUGAAACCAUAAUCAGGCGAUCCGCGAACUUCCAACGGUCGAUUUGGGAUGACAGUUACAUUCAAUCACUGAAAAGUGACUAUACGGGAGAAUCAUAUGUUGAACAAGUUAACAAAAUGAAGAUUAGUGUGAAGAUGAUGCUGGAUAGUACUGUGGAUCAUGUCAAACAACUUGAGCUAAUCGAUACGUUGCAGAGACUUGGACUGUCUUACCACUUCAAGGAAGAAAUACAGAGCAUGAUAGAGAGCUUAUAUGACACCAUUUGUAGUGAUAAUAAAUGGAAGAACAGCAUGGACUUUAACUUAUAUGCUACAGCUCUCGGAUUCAGAAUUCUCCGACAACAUGGAUACAAAAUCAGUCAAGACGUCUUCUGUAGCUUCCAGGAUGAGAAAGGGAACUUCAAGGCCUGUAUUUCUAAUGAUAUCAAGGGAAUGCUACAUCUGUACGACGCUACGUUUCUGAUGGUAAGAGGUGAGAAUAUGUUGGAGGAUGCAAGGAAGUUCACUUCAGUUUAUCUAAAACACUGCGUCGAGCAAAACCGCGAUCAAGAUUGCGUUUUACUGGAGCUAGUGAGUCAUGCCUUGGAGCUUCCAUUGCACUGGAGAUUAUUAAGAAUUGAAGCAAGGUGGUUUAUUGAUGUUUAUGAGAGAACGCAAGGCAUGAAUCCAACUCUACUUGAGUUUGCUAAAUUGGAUUUCAAUAUGGUUCAAGCUAUGCACCAGGAAGACCUUCGACAUGAUUCAAGCUGGUGGACGUCGUCCGGGCUACCGGAAACAUUAUGCUUUACAAGAGACAGGUUGAUGGAGAAUUUUCUAUGGGCAGUUGGGUUGGGAUUUGAGCCUCAAUUUGGGUACAUGAGGAAAAUGAACACUAAGGUCCAUCAACUACUAACAACAGUUGAUGAUGUUUAUGACAUCUACGGUACCUUGGACGAGCUUGAGGUUUUUACAGAUGUUAUUCAGAGAUGGGAUAUCGAUGCAAUUGAGCAGCUUCCAGACUACAUGAAGAUGACAUUUUUCACUGUCUACAAUGCCAUGAACGAGAUUGCUUUCACUGCUCUUAAGGAACAAGGACUUAACAUCAUUCCUUGCUUAAAGAGAGUGUGGGGAGAUUUAAGCAAACGAUACAUAUUAGAAGCGAAGUGGUUUUAUAGCGGGUACAAGCCAACUCUAGAAGAAUACCUUGAAAAUGGAUGGGUUUCAAUAACAGCACCAGUAAUACUUAUCCACGCUUAUUUGGUGUCAACUCCACUAUCCAAAAAGGCCCUGGAAAGUUUGCCAGAGUAUCCAGAUAUUAUCCGUCACCCAUCGAUGAUUGUACGAUUGGCGGACGAUCUCGGAACUUCCUCGCAUGAAAUCAAGAGAGGAGAUAACCCAAAAUCAAUCCAGUGUUACAUGAACGAAACAGGAUCUUCGGAAGAAGAAGCAAGAGAGCACAUACACUAUUUGAUUAGUGAAACAUGGAAGAAGAUCAAUGAAGAACAACUUGAUGCAGAUUCUCCUUGGCCUCCAAUUUUUAAAGAAAUCGCACUGAACAUCGUAAGGACUUCCCAGGCCAUGUAUUUAUAUGGUGAUGGUCAUGCCAGUCAAGAUCACAAUGUCAAGGCACGCAUGGAGUCAUUGUUCAUCACACACAUCCCUUAAAAAAAAAUGUUUUGAUUUCUCAUAAGUGUUAUAAUUAGCACUAUAUGAUUUGGAUCGCAAUAUAUGUUUCAAAAUAGUAUUAUAUUUUUAGUUUCUACAACUA